AUGGAGGAAGACGACAUGGAGGAAGACGGCAUGGAGCAAGAUGGCAUGGAGCAAAACGGCAUCGAACAGGACUGCAUUGAGGAAAACGGCAUAACUAAAAAGGUGCAUCGUGAUACAGCCAAGAUGGCAUUCGAUAGGUGGGAGGAGCUAUCAAAUUUAAAGUUCGAAAAUGUGCGAAACCCUAGCAGACAGAAACCUGAUAUUACCAUAACUGUUAUUCGAAAAAAUCACAAUUUCCGAGCAGACUGCCAAGGCACUUCCAAGUGUCCACAUAAUUUCGACGGCCCUGGAAAAGUUUUAGCUCAUGCAUAUUUCCCAAAUGAAAACAACAAAUGUGUCGAGAUUCAUCUUGAUGCAGAAGAAAAAUGGUAUCUUGGAAAUAGUACUUCUCCUGAUGACCAAACUAAUUUAUUGAUGGUCCUGAUUCACGAAAUUGGCCAUGCUCUUGGGCUGGGGCACAGUGGCGUCAAUACAGCUAUUAUGUAUCCUUGGUAUCAAGCAAGUCCAGCAUCAUUCGAUAUAGAUGAUAAGAGGGCGAUAGAAUAUUUGUAUGGGCAGAAAACUGAAAACUAUCAACCAACAACAACCUCAACAACACAGACAACCGAAUCCCAAAAACCGAUAUCCCAGCACACCUCUACCACAGCUUCAUCAGUGUCGUCAAAUGAACCCCAUAACGUAGACGUUACUAGCACAACCUCAAAGCCUCAGAUAACUCCAACAAGAUUAUGCGACAUUCAAGUGCCAGACUUUAUGUUUCUAGCCACAGCACCCCAGUUUCAAAAUUAUCGCAUGUACGUGGGAUACAAUAGAUUUUUGUGGAAGUUCGAUUUGAACGAUAUGCGAAUUCCACCACAGCCAGAGCUGCUUGAUGAUUAUCGUCCUGAAGAUUUAAAGUCUUCUCGAGUUUCACAUGUUUUCCAAAAUUCUUUCAACCUCGAUAACAAAAUGAAACCGAGCUGUUUAGGGACCGAGCUGAAUAUUUUCCUCCAGAAUGAAAACAACCAGAUCAAAUUAACUUCUCGCCAGGAUACGUGUAAUUCAACUCUGACGAGCGCUUGUUUCAACGGAAUUACAGAAACUCCCCCAGUCGAGUUCCUCUCAAAAUAA